AUGAUCGAUAAGAGUAGAACAAUUGAUUUACUGGUGGUUGAUAAUGACACAAUGUAUUCUCCUGUUUUGUUAGGACGAGAUGCGUUGAGACAGUUUGGAUUGAGAAUGAUUGAGGGAUCUACAGGGUAUGAAGAGGCUGUAGGAGAGGUACUAAAUAUCGACGUGGAAGGGAUGAGCGAGGAGAAGGAGAUGAAAAUAAAUCCAGAGGUAGAGUCAAAACAUCAUGAUCGGUUACGUAAAUUGUAUGAACUUGAGUACAUAAAAAGUAACGUCAAAGGGGUUCAAUCGUUUCUGGGUCUGGCGUCAUAUUUCCGGAAAUAUAUUGAAGGAUUCUCUACGAUCGCAAAACCUUCGUAUGAUUUAACUAAAACCCGAGUAAAGUUCAAGUAUGGAGAAAGUGAAUUCGAGUCAUUUGAAAGGUUAAAAAAUAAAUUAGUCAAAGCCUCGAUUUUGGCAAUUUACGACCCUGAUGGCGAGACUGAAUUGCACUGCGAUGCAAGUGCACUCGGUUUCGGCGCAGUUCUUAUGCAAAAAAAAGGACUUGAACUUUCAUCCAGUUUUUUAUUUUUCGAAAAGAAAGUCUAA